UUGUCGGAAGGAUUGAGGUCACCUGACCAGGAGAAGAUGGCGGUCUCCGAGUGACGGGCGGGUGGGUCUCUUCGGUUUUGUCCGGUUGUCUCCGUGUUUGGUUGUCCGUAGGCCAUGGAGGAGGCUCCGGAAGAUGCUGGAGGGUGCCCAAGCCUGUUCCAGCUGUGUGCCCGGGCCGUCGCCGCCAACAUGGAGCGCCUGGAAGAGGAAGUGUGUGGAACGUCUCGGCCAAUCAGUGGAAAGUCUGAAAUUCCUUCACAUGCGUUCGUCUGACCCCGAGACCCGGAAAUCCCUGAGGCUCCUCCUCCAUGACCUCAUCCACCACGGACACGUCAACAAGGUGUCAGUGCUGUCGUGGCCCCGGCCGGACAAGGACCUCCUCCUCCUCAUCCUGAAUAUCAGUGCCGGGUACUGGCCGGGGGUCCCCGAUCACCCCUGCGCCCUGUGCGCCCCUCCCCCCGAGGAGCCGCCCACCCAAAGUGCCUUGCUAAGUCUGCAGCCUCUUCACAUCGACCAGAAUGUGGCCCCUGACCAGAAUGUGGCCCCAGAGGCGGCCGGGGACCAGUCUGAAAAUGAGGACUUGUUCACCUUAGUCUUCGAAAGUCACAGUACGGACGAGGAGGAGGAGGAGCCGACCAUCGGGGAGCCGCUACUUCCUGGCGCCGUUCGGCUCCGCAGUGUCCGAGCGCUGAACCUGCACAACGUGUACCUGACGCCCGCCACGUGCCACCGGCUGUGCCAACUGCUGCGCUCCUGGGUGACCCUGGAGAGGCUGACCAUGGCCUACAAUGAUAUGCACACCAAUAUGGCGAUGUUGCUGGACGCGCUCUCGCACCUCUCGGGGGCCCCGGGCUCCUCCCUCAGCGCCGUCUCUAUGUGUGACUUCAUCACCUACAUCACCAUCCUGGACCUGGCGCAGACCCUCCUCCGCAUCUUCCCCGCCCUCCAGUCCUUGUUACUCUGCUAUGACCUGGAGGAGAGCCGCGACCCCGUGCUGGUGGAGGCGGGGCCUGCGGAGUUCACAGAGAACCAAUUGAAGCAGCUGGACCUCCGCUUCCCCCACAGUCCCGCCCACACCCCGCGACUGCUGUCCCUGCUGAAGGCGUCCCCCCACCUGGAGGAGCUGUCCCUGGAGAACGCGGCGCUGACCCGGCAGGAGGACAUCCGACUGGUGCUGCAAACCAUCACCGAACACAACGCAGCGCUGCGCAGACUCGUCUUCCAUGACUUGAACCUCGUCGAUUGUCAGACGGAGAUUGUGAAUCUGCUGAGUCACGGCUGCCUUGAAGAAAUCAAGUUCUCGUUCUGCCGUCUCUUCGAGCGCACGUCGCGGGAUUUCCUCUCCGCAUUCGUUGACGCUCUGAAGAAAAAUUCCACCGUGAAGAUCCUGAAAUUGGGUGGAAACCGUCUG